UUAACUUUCACACAAUAAAACUCGUUCCGUUAGCGUUAGUUAGCGUUAAGUUUAAAACGCAGGGAAAGAUGACUUGCUAACACUGCCGGGUCGGGCUAGCUACAGCCUAGCAUGCUAGUUAGCUGACAUUAGCAUGAUGGUGGCCUCCAGUUCUGACGUUAUCAUGCAAAUACUGUUUGUGUUGGUCUUUUGCAAUGCAGUGCUCUGUGUAUGUGUGUGAUGUAUUCCCUUUUAAAGUGUAAUUAGAAUUAUGGCACCCCGUUUGCAGCUAGAGAAAGCAGCCUGGCGUUGGGUGGAAACUGUGAAACCAGAAGAAAUUAGCUGGGAGCAUAUCGAACUAGCAUAUCGUAUUAACCUCCCGGCCUGCAAGAGAGGAGCCUGCAGGAGAAAUUGCAAAGGAAACCCAAACUGUCUUGUGGGUAUUGGUGAACAGGCAUGGCUCGGGGAGAUUGAUGAAAAUGCGUUCCACAAUAUUGACGACCCAAACUCGGAGCGUCGGGACAAGAACACGUUUGUUGGCCUGACCAAUUUGGGGGCAACAUGUUAUGUGAAUACGUUUCUGCAAGUAUGGUUCCACAACCUGGAGCUGCGAAGGAGUCUCUAUCAAUGCCACAACUCCAGAGCACAGGAACACAAUUCAGAGUCUGAUUAUGAGCCUCAGUCCAUCUGUGAGCAUCUGCAAUAUCUGUUUGCACUUCUGCAGAACAGCAACAGGAAGUACAUCGACCCAUCAGGGCUGGUGAAGGCUCUGGGUCUGGACACGGGACAGCAGCAGGAUGCUCAGGAGUUUUCCAAACUCUUCCUGUCUCUACUGGAGGACACGCUGUCCAAACAGAAGAACCCGAACCUGCAGAAUGUUAUCCAGCGGCAGUUCUGUGGACAGUUCUCCUAUGUUACUGUCUGUAACCAGUGUGGACGAUCGUCUGCACUGCCGUCCCGAUUCUAUGAGCUCGAGCUGAAUAUCCAGGGCCACAAAAACCUGACUGAGUGUGUCACAGAGUUCCUGAAGGAGGAGAAGCUGGACGGAGAUAACCGAUAUUUCUGUGAGAGCUGUCAGAGUAAACAGAAUGCAACUAGAAGGAUUCGAUUGCACAGCCUCCCUCCGACGCUCAACCUGCAGCUCAUGCGCUUCGUUUUUGACAGACAAACAGGCCACAAGAAGAAGCUGAACACGUUCAUCAGUUUCCCAGAGCAGUUGGACAUGGGGCCUUUUUUAGAAGGAAAAUCAGACCAGAGGUGUGUGUACGAGCUGAGUGCGGUGCUGAUCCACCGAGGCAUUAGUGCCUACUCGGGUCACUACAUUGCCCAUGUAAAGGAUGCCCGAACCAGCGACUGGUAUAAGUUCAACGAUGAGGAAAUCGAGAAGAUGGAGGGAAAGAAACUGCAGCUUGGCAUCGAGGAGGACAUUGCGGAGACAGUGAAGUCCCAGACCAGAAAGCCAAAGUGUGGUAAAGGCUACCACUGCUCCAGGAACGCCUACAUGUUGGUAUACAAGGUCCAAGAGGAGGAGAGCUCAGAUCCCUCCAGGGCCAGUGUCGAGGUUCCAGCCUUCCUUCAGAGGCUGGUGGACCAAGACAACCACAAGUUUGAGGAGUGGUGCUGUGAGAUGGCCGACAUGAGAAAGCAAAGCGUUGAUAAGGGCAAAGCCAAGCAUGAGGAGGUGAAGGAGCUCUACGAACUUUUACCUGCAAAAGACGGCGAACCAUAUGAGUUCAUCUCUCUGGACUGGCUAAAGAAGUGGCUGGACGACGCCACUGCUACGAAGGAAAUUGACAACUCCCUGUUUCUCUGUUCACAUGGGAAACUCCAUCCUGACAAUGUGGGAGAGUCCAAGAGAGUUUCUCUGCAGGCAGCGAAGCUCCUGUACGAGCGCUACGGUGGAGGACCGAGACUGGACAGCUCGUCUCUGUGUAGAGAGUGUGUUGGCCAGCGAUGCAGAGUGCUGCGACUUAAGAACCAGCUUAACGAGGACUACAAGGAGGUCUCCAAUCUGGUCAAACGUACACUCAGCGGUGAGGGAUACUGGGUCGGUAAAGCUUCUCUGCGCAGUUGGAGGCAGUUGGCUUUAGAGCAGCUGGAGGAGGACGAACACAAAACCAAACACAGCAACGGAGAGACCAAUGGACAGGGACCACACUCCAACAGCAGCAAAGAAUUCAGCUCAGAGCUCUCAGAGGGCAAUGAGGAGGAGAUGAAGACAUUUAAUGAAGACAUCGUUUGUAGUCACGGAGGUCUGAGCAUCAUGGAUACUGAACGGAAGCUGGUCUCCACUGAGGUCUGGACCAAACUGAGGGCCUAUUUUGCCAAAGCUCCUGAGUUCACGCAGAGCCAAGAGCCCUGUCAGCAGUGUCUGACUUUAGAGCAGGAGGAGAAGGACAAUGAGGCCGUCAGUAAGAUGAUGGCCUUAGACCAGAAGAACCAGCUGCUCAACCUGUUCCAUGAAAAGAACCGGCCAACGCUCACCAAGUGGCCUCAGGGUACAGAUGUACUUUACGUAGUCCCUUUGUUUUUUGUGGAUGAAUGGAGGAAAUUCAUCAGGAGACCAACUAAAUCCUCUCCAGUGUCCAACGUGGGAAACAGUCUGCUGCUCUGUCCACACGGAGGUUUCAUGUUCACGUACGACUCCCUGGUUAAUGGAGAUGCACAACAUAUAGCUCUGCUCUGGCCCAGUGAGUGGGAGGUCAUCAGUCGACUCUUCAUCGUGGACCACUCGAUUUCCAUCCACUUGUCCCAACAAACCACGCCCACCGGACCCACAACCCAGUACACAACACAGCCAGACCUUUGUUGGGAGUGCAGAGAAGGCUUUCUUUUCCAACAGCAGAGAGACCUCAGAGAGUACACCCAGGCCACCAUCUACAUCCGCAAAGUCAUAGAAGACAAGAGGAUGAUCAAGGAGGCAGCUCCAGAGCUGAACGCCAGCAGCUCGGAGGCAGAGGAGGACAAGGAAGAACAGCCCAAAGUGGAUGGAGAAAAAGACCCUGACUUUGGCCAAUCGCAGGAUGGAGCAAAGCGGCAGAAGCUGAGUGACAGCAGCCCCGCGGUGGCCCCUGUCAUAUCAAACAGCAGUUUGACCAAACAGGGAGGAAUCAGAAGAAGCACCCGACACCGGAAACUCCGAGGAGAGAAGGCACUUAUUGUCUCAGCCAAUCAGACACUCAAAGAGCUGAAAAUACAGAUCAUGCACGCCUUCUCUGUGGCGCCGUUUGACCAGAAUCUCUCCAUUGAUGGGAAGAGUCUAACGGACGACACGGCCACUCUGGGCAGCCUGGGCGUCAUCCCCGAGAGCAUCAUCUGUCUAAAGGCCGAUGAGCCAAUAGCAGACUACGCCGCGAUGGAUGACGUCUAUCAAGUGAGGAUGCCUGAGGAGGGAUUCAAAGGCACUGGGCUCCUCGGACACUGAGGAAAACUGACAGAUGACACAUGGAAGUCUAAAAGAAGCUUGAAUACGUCAAGUGUCCAUAUAUAAAUAAGUGCUUUAAUUUGUUUUGUUUUUUACGUUUUUUCAGUAGGCUUUCUUUAUUAAAACUGUGACUAUGUUGCAAAAGAGCUGUUUUUUCUCGACGUAAAGGUUAGCUGGCUUUUGAUAUUUAAGAUUCCUCAUGGUCCUGAAGAACUCUGUGGUCCCGCUGCUGGACUGACGGAGAUAAGCGAGUCUCUCACUGCAGUUAGACUCUAUACGACUUUGAAUUAAAAAAACAACUGAGGUUUUUGACACUUUUAAAUUAUGACAGGAGGAGAAAUUGAAAACCGAUGUUCUUCCUUUCCAUCACAUGGAUGUUCUUGUAAUUACUGCAGAUUUUACAGGUCUGUCGAAUGAAUGCACGAGUAACUGUAAAGUAUUAAGAAUAUACCUGCUCCUAAAUGUUAGAACAUUUAUUACCUCUACAGUCGAAGCAUAUACUUUCCAUAAUCUCCACGUGGCGUUUAGAGUUACAUACUUAGCUACACGUAUGUAUAAAGGCCGAUUCCAGUGCAAACCUCGUGAGCUCAACGUGAGAACGGAUGCAAGCAGUGAUAUGUACUGUUCUUUUCACUGUUUUUUCUUAUGGACAAUAAAGUUAUUUUCAAAUCAA